AGGGCGCCGUGCUUUCCGCCGCGCCGCUGAAAGCCCUCCGUCCACCCAUCUCUCUCUCUCGGGCUGCGCCGCUCUCCUCUUUCCCCUCGCCGCCUGCUUCUCCGGUUGUUGCCUCAGCUACCGAGGCCACUUUAAAUGUAGCACCAGGACAAGAUGGCGGAUUUGUCCUUGCUCCAGGGAGAUUCGCAGGAGGAGAUAGACGGAUUUGGUGUGGAUGACUACAGCUCAGAGUCUGAUGUCAUUAUUAUACCUUCAGCCCUGGACUUUGUUUCUCAAGAUGAGAUGCUGACACCUUUAGGAAGACUGGAUAAAUACGUUGCAAGCGAAAACAUUUUUAACAGACAAAUGGUGGCCCGAAGUUUGCUGGACACUUUGAAGGCAGUCAGCGAGGAUGAACGGGACUGCAUCGCUGUGCUGGAGAGAGUGAGCCGGCUGGCAGAGGAUUCAGAGCCCACUGUCCGAGCAGAGCUCAUGGAGCAGGUUCCUCAUAUCGCAAUCUUCUGCCAAGAAAACAGGCCUUCCAUUCCAUUUGCUUUCUCUAAAUACCUGCUGCCUAUCGUGGUGAGAUACCUCGCUGACCAGAACAACCAGGUUCGGAAGACCAGUCAGGCCGCCCUCCUGGUGCUGCUGGAGCAGGAGCUCAUCGAGAGGGACGACGUCGAGACCAAAGUGUGCCCGGUCCUCGUGGACCUCACCGCCCCCGACAGCAACGACGAUGUCAAAACAGAAGCCAUGGCGAUCAUCUGUAAAAUGGCGCCGAUGGUGGGCAAGGACAUCACCGAGCGGCUCUUCCUGCCGCGCUUCUGCGAGAUGUGCUGCGACUGCAGGAUGUUCCACGUCAGAAAGGUCUGUGCGGCCAACUUCGGAGACAUCUGCAGCGUGGUGGGCCGAGAGGCUACUGAGGAGCUGCUGCUUCCCAGGUUUUUCCAGCUCUGCUCGGAUAACGUCUGGGGGGUGCGGAAGGCCUGUGCCGAGUGCUUCAUGACUGUUUCCUCUGCCACGUCUCAGGAAGUCCGCAGGACAAAGCUCUCUUCCCUCUUCAUCAACCUCAUCAGUGACCCUUCCCGAUGGGUGCGGCAGGCUGCCUUUCAGUCCCUCGGUCAGUUCAUCUCGACGUUCGCCAGUCCCUCCGGCUCUGGACAGUGUUUCAAAGAGGAGGACGAGGGCGCCCAGGAAGGGUGCCGCUGCGUGCCGCUGCAGAGCAGGUACCCCUCGGCCUCGCCGCGCCGGGUCCCCCGGCCGGCCCGCCUGGAGUCGGCCAGGUUUCCCACCCGUCUGGCCCCUCCUCUGUCCUCCCAGAGGGCCUUCCUUCUGGAGGAGAUGAUCGAGAACCUGGAGCCGCACACGGACGACCCCGACGUGAAAGCACAAGUGGACGUACUGACUGCCGCCCUGAGGGCCUCGGCGCUGGACUCUCACCAGGAGGACACGGCGCAGGAGCCCCUGGACAGCCGGACAGAGCACAGCGAGGAGGGGGGCAGUGAGGACCCCUUCGCUGUCGACACUGUGCCUUUGAUCUGCGACUCGGCAGAAAUUGAGAGCAGAGAGGCCAGCCUCCAGCUCAGCCACGGCGAGGACUCCGAGCUGAGCGACAGCAGCACGAGUCCAGAGGAGGACCGGAAGUCCAAACAGCAGGACGUUGUACCUCAGGCCCUCCUGGACCAGUACCUGUCGAUGACGGACCCCUCCCGGGCCCAGACGGUCGACACGGAGAUCGCCAAGCACUGCGCUUACAGCCUGCCCGGUGUGGCGCUCACCCUGGGCCGGCAGAACUGGCACUGCCUCAGGGACACCUACGAGACCUUGGCCUCCGACAUGCAGUGGAAGGUGCGCAGGACUCUGGCCUUCUCUAUCCAUGAACUGGCGGUCAUCCUGGGAGACCAGCUCACUGCUGCUGACCUUGUGCCCAUCUUCAACAGCUUCCUCAAAGACCUGGAUGAAGUCCGAAUAGGGGUUCUCAAGCACUUGUAUGAUUUCCUCAAGUUGCUGCACCAAGAGAAGAGGAGAGAAUAUCUUUACCAGCUGCAGGAGUUCCUGGUCACAGACAACAGCAGAAACUGGCGCUUCCGAGCAGAGCUAGCGGAGCAGCUCGUUCUCCUGUUAGAGCUCUACGGUGGGAAGGAUGUGUAUGACUACCUGCGACCUUUAGCGUUCAAUCUGUGUACAGACAGAGUCUCUUCAGUCCGGUGGAUUUCCUACAAGCUUGUGAGUGAGAUCAUCAGAAAGCUGUCCUCCGAUGUGACCUUGCUAGCUGAUUUCAUGGUGGAGCUUGUCGAUAAGUUCUGUCAUUCCCCAAAGUGGUCCGGACGCCAGGCGUUUGCUUUCAUCUGCCAGCUGGUGAUCGAGGACGAGUGCGUCUCCAUGGAGCAGUUCUCCGAAUACCUCCUCCCCCCCCUGCUGCAGCUCGUGUCGGACCCCGUUCCCAACGUGAGGGUGCUCCUGGCCAAAACCCUCAGGCAGACGCUGCUGGAGAAGGAAUACUUCGUGCAGUCCGCCAACUCUCACCAGGAGGCCUUGGAGCAGACGCUGGUGGCCCUGCAGAUGGACCUGGACAAGGAUGUCAAGUACUUCGCCAGCGUGCUCCCUGGCACCACGCGCAUCAACGACGACGCCAUGAGCACAGCGUCUUCCACCUACUGAGGCCUCGGGGCCGCAGAGGGCGAGGGGAGAUGGACUGGCCCCUCCCUGCCCUCGGGGCAGCAGAGCAAGGAGCUGUGCGAUCACCUCACUCCUGAGUCCCCGGCGGCAGCAGGCACUACAGCAGCGGAACCACUUCGGAAUGACUGAGAACACGCCUGGAGGACCUCUCGCAAACCUCCGAGCGCCGCAGCUUUUUUUUUUAAAAAAAAAGCAAACCAGAACCAUCUUUUCUUGACGUUUUGCCACAGAAGCCUUAAAAGAGUCUUCCUUAAUUGAGGAAAUACUUGAAUGUCUGGAGCCAUUUCACGGAUAGAGGGAAUUCAGUUUCUCAGAUCAUUCCUCUAUUCUUUUUAUUCAAUCCUUUCUUUUGUCGUAGCAGAAGCCAGUAUGACAAAGCUUUAUUGAACCACAUAGCAAAAAAGCUGUGUCUAACUUAAUGUUUAAAGUUUAGGGUUUUUAUACUGUGUAAAGUUGUCAUAUGCUGCAAAUAUUGUUCUAUGUACUGUCACAACCUUCGGUGUGAACUCGUUGCUUGGUAAUGAAGCACGAUUAUCUUAAGGGCUCCGUGCUACAGUGUUUUUAAAGUAGUGCAGCACAUUGUUGUACCCAUGUACAGAACCUCUUUGCCACCGGAGGUCCUGCUCUCAUGACAAGAACAAUAUUGUAUUUUUUAUUAUGCUGGCCAUCUUGUGGAGUAAAUAAAAAGAAAAAGGUUAGCACAUGUACUUGAAGUCAGGUAUUUUAACUUGAUACUGAUAUACUGCACCUUCUUUUGCUUUUCCUAAGGGUUAUUUUCACGCUUUGUACAUAUCUUUGGCCAACCUUUUUCUCCCCACUUUGGUCUAUGAUCAUGUUCAAUUGUGAUGCCUUUCUUUACCUGUCCAAAAUAAAUCAUAAUGCAAACACUGUUGCUUUUCUGUUAUUUAAAAUUGGGUGGUGUAUUACUCCCCUCCUCAAGAGACCCAUCCUUGAGUUUUAAAUCCAGAAAAGGCGGAAUCUAAUUGGUAAAAUCACAAGAUUCUAACUAGUUCAGAGUUGCAUAACAUACAGCUUUUAGCUCUUUCGUUUAGAUGACCAGAUCCUUCAAAGCUGUUAAUCUAAACUUGAAAAUGCAAAUAAUCAUGCUGUAGUGUAAUAAAAUGAAACCCUGACCAAA